AUCAGCCAUGCCCAGCAGGCCGUAGAUCAGAAGCUUCACAAUGGCCAGGACCGUCUGUACCAGAUGUGGCUCCAGUACUGCAGGGGCAACUUGGAAGGGCAGGAGGAACCAGACUCCGUAAAGCAGGUUGAAGCUCAGGCUCUAGCCAUGUCCCAGAGCCUCACUCAGCAACUGAAAACCACCUGCCUUACUCUCCUGGGCAGCAUCCAGGGCCUUCCCAGCACUAUCCAGGACAAGGCCCAGCAGGUCUCGAGCAGUACAGAAGAGCUCCAGGCCUCAUUCUCCAGUGCCGGCUGUUUCCAAGAUCUGUCCAGCAGUGCCCUUGCCCAGGGUCGGGAGAUGGUGACAAAGGCCCAGGAGUCCCUGGAUGAGCUCCUGGAAUACGUGAUGCAGAACAUUCCCCUGGAUUGGAUCGUGGGACCCUUCACUCCCGCGGGAGACUCCCCACAGUGUCCUGAUGAGCUGGUGGAGGAAGGAAAGAAGGUGGAGGCCUGA